AUGGCCAAGUCAGCGCAAGGGAAGGAGCUUCUAGAGCUUUACGACAAGCUGCAGACCGCAGCGGGAAAGGCGGCGGAUUCGCCGGCGGACGAGGACCGCGCGCUGGAUCUGCUCGCGCAAAUGGCGGACUGCCGCGUCAGCACGGAGAUUCUCAUGGAAACGCAGAUGGGGAAGCUUAUCCGCAAGCUGACAAAGCACACGUGCGCGGGGAUACAAAAGGGCGCGGGGAAGUUAGUGGAGCAGUGGAAACAGGAGAGGGGGAAAGCGGGGCGCGGCGGAGACGACUGGAGGGAGGACGGCAAAAGCGUGGGGAACGGGGGAAGCGGCGGGAACGGCGCGAACGGGUCAAACGGCGCGAGCGGGGGGAAGGAGCGGGACGGCGCGAAGGGGAACGCGGCGGAGAAACCGAAAGGCGCAGCAGUAGUGCCGUUCAAAACAAAGAUGCUGAUCAAAACGGGGGAUGUGAUGAGAGACCGUCCGCGCGAAGCGGUGCUGCAGGCGCUGUGCCUGGUAGCGGGGGAGGUGCAGGGGGAGGAGGAGGAGCGCGCGCGAGCCGUAGACGUGACUGCUGUGGCUAUGGAGGUUGAAACAGAGCUGUGGCGCAAGUAUGGCGGCACCAAGGACCUCAAGGACUACAAGAACAAGUUCCGGUCCAUCUCCUUCAACCUGAAAGACCCCUCCAACCCGGAUCUACGGCGGCGCGUGCUUCUGGGGGAAGUAUCCGCCGUUGAGCUGGCCGUGAUGUCCCCCGAGGACAUGGCGAGCGACGCACGCAAGCGCGAGAACGAGGAGGUGAAGCGCAAGAAGACGUUCGAGGCGAUGCGCGGGCAGACGACGGGCGCGACGACGGACAUGUUCAAGUGCGGCAAGUGCGGGCAGAGGAAGACGACGUACUUCCAGAUGCAGACGCGCAGCGCUGAUGAGCCCAUGACCACGUAUGUCACGUGCCUCACCUGCCAGAACCGCUGGAAGUUCUGCUAG